AUGGGACGACGAGAGGAACCAGCUUGGACGAAGGGGACUGUCGGGUUGACCGUCGCUCGCGAGCGGGGCGAUGUAGGCCGGAAAUUUCAGAACCGUCUGACUGUUACUAGGAGUAUGAUAGAAAGAUUAGGUCUCGAAAAAGAACUCCACGGCCAUAUGGGAUGUGUUAACUGUCUGGAAUGGAACGUCGACGGAUCUAUAUUGGCGUCUGCAUCCGACGAUCUUCACGUUAUUCUGUGGGAUCCGUACAGAUACAAGCAGAUCAGUAAUAUCUCGACCGGACACACAGGGAACAUAUUCUCUGUUAAGUUUCUAUCUCGGGAUUCCCUAGCGACUUGUGCCGCUGAUAGUUCAGUGCGUGUCCGUAGCCUUUCAACGGGGGCUUCUUUGUUGGAAUGUGGAUGUCACUGUGGUCGUGUCAAGAGACUCGCGAGUGUACCUGACGGUACAGAUGUAUUCUGGUCUGCUGGUGAAGAUGGAUUAGUUCUUCAACAUGAUCUCCGUACACCACAUCGUUGUAACUCGGACUCGGCCAAUGUGUUGGUUAAUCUAUUGAACCACUUGGGCAAGUACGCUGAAGCGAAAUGUCUAGCAGUGAACCCUCGACGGCCUUACCAGCUGGCUGUUGGAGCUAAUGACUUCUAUGUUAGACUCUACGAUACCAGAAUGAUCAAAUUAGCCAAACUACAGGAGAUUCCGUCGGGCUCCGCCCCCUCGGGUCUAAUGUGGGAGAGACAGAACGUGAGGUGCUCCCGAGCCGGCCACGGGGACCCCGACGAAAACAUUCCACGUGAAGCAGUUCAGUACUACGCCCCCGGUCACCUGUCCAUGGAAUUAAAUGAAAACACAUUUCCAAAGAAAGCUACUACAUAUGUGGCUUUCAGUCACGAUGGCAAUGAACUCCUUGUUAACUUAGGCUCGGAACAGGUGUAUCUGUUUGAUAUCAACUCAGCAAGACGUCCAGUGUUAGUGGAGAGCUUCAUAAUACAACACAACCACAGUCGGCGUGAAGAAGCCUCUCAUGAAACGGUUCAACCAACGGAGACCAGCGGAGAAAAUGGUACCAUUGAUCAACAGGUUAUAUUACCUGAGAAGAUACAACACUUAAAAGCAGUGGCCAACGAGCUGGUGAACAGCGGCAGUUUUUGCAUGGCGGUUGAGACGUACAACAUGGCUAUACACGCGUACCCCAACUGCGCCUUGCUUUACUCAAAUAGAGCCGCUGCGCUUAUGAGGCGGGGCUGGUCGGGUGAUACAUACGCGGCUAUACGAGACUGUUAUCAGGCGAUCAAGUUGGACCCGGGCCACGUCAAGUCCCACUUCCGGUUGGCCAAAGGCCUCAUGGACCUCAAGCGGGCCCGCGAGGCAAACGAGUGUCUGUUGUACUUCAAGGACAAGUUCCCCAAACACGCUUCAAGCCACGCGGUUUUCCUACUACAGAAGGAUAUCAAAGUGGCUCUCAAGACUAUGGAGCGAGAUGAAGGUGAUGAAGACAGCCAGGCCGGUAGUCCCCUUGAGCGUCAACUACGCAUGUCUUCGUUGGACUACUCAUCACGUUUCCUGGGUCACUGUAACACUACUACUGACAUCAAGGAGGCUAAUUUCCUAGGACCCGACGCUGGCUUUGUGGCCGCUGGGUCAGACGACGGCAGUAUGUUCAUCUGGUGCCGUCACACGGGUAACAUCAUCCGCUGCUUGCGAGGAGACGAAUCCAUAGUUAACUGUGUGCAGCUACAUCCGUCCAUGUUCCUACUAGCCACCAGUGGCAUAGAAGCCGUGGUCCGUCUGUGGAGCCCGCGCCCCGAAGACGGCUGUCCCGACGGUAGGACAGUCAGCGAAGCCAGCGCUGCUGCCGCUGCGAAUCAGCAAAGGAUGCGCUCCGACCCGUUUGAGGCUAUGCUGCUCAAUAUCAGCUUCGCGGGAGGCGCUGAUAGGGAUGUACACUCGCCGGCCUGUCGAGCUACGUUAAUGAACUCACAUCUGUACGCCGGAGCAUCUCCCCGGCGAUUGUAA